AUGAAUAUUCGGUAAGUUUAAAUUUUUCCCUAGAAAAGUAAUAACCAUUUUUCAAAAACGUUACAAAAAAUUUGCAAAACUUCUGUUUUCCCCGACUUCCUACUUCCUUUUCUCAUUUCAUUUUUUCAUGAUGAAUGUUCGAAAUGUAAUAUUAAAUUGUGCAGUUCAGUUCGAACUAAACGAGGUUCAGCUGUUUGUUUUUUUGUCGAAUUCAAAUUCUCAUUUUUACUCACAUUAAGUUCAGAGCGGAUGCAAAUUUCAUCUGGAAAUAUUUAGCAACAUUAUUUCACGCAUCGUGUAAAGCGACGAUGUUUUAUUUAUUUGUAUGUAUGUCAACUUGUUCAUUUUAUUUUGAAAAAUUGUGCACAUUCUCUUUUUUUUUCGAAAAAAGAGCAUUUCCUGUGAGAAAAAUGCUCUCGAGCCUACUGCCAUUUCUCUGCGUCUCUCGACUCGAUACGUCAUUUUGUAAGCUUCUAAAAAUGGAGAAAAAAAGUUGAACGACGUUCAACAAGUCUUCUUGUUCUACUUUUACUUGCUUUUUUUCUUGAUUUUUUUGUUGCAUAGUUUUUUCUCGUUGGAAACUUUACUGUUCGAAAAAAAAAGCAAUAUUUAUUCCAACGUAGCAAUAUUUCAUUUUAUUUAUAACUAAUUCUGUUAUCGAUUUUUAUCUAUUUUUCCGGGAGUAUUAAUUUCAGAAAUAACAAUUUUGUUUUCUCUGAGUUUGGAAAUUUUGUGUGAAGCCCUUCUAAUCCUCUGAAACAGGCGAUUAGCCGAGCUGAAAUAAUUCACCUGCUCUUUUUUGUCUUCUUCUAUAUUUUUUUCGAUUUUUCCAUAACGAUUUUUUUUUGUAUUUUUUCCCAUAUUUUAUUUGAUAUUUUGACUUCCGUCUUUUUCUUAUCAAUAAUAAUUUCUUUUCACCCGCUUUUUUUCCCGUUGUUACCUUUUCCAGCAAGCGAAAAACUACAAUUUUUCCAAAAACGAAUUAUUUUAUUCGAUCAUAAAAGUAGGGUAAUUCAAUUUCCGAAUCACUAUAAAACAUAGAUUGGCUCAAUAAUUAUUAUGCUGGACGGCGACACAGCUGAAAUUAUAUUUUUAUUUAUUUAUUUAUCUAAUUUUGUUCGUGCCAGUACCUAUUUUUUCAGAAAGAAAAAAUGUUAUAUAUUUAUUUUCUAGAAUAAUAAUAAUAUCCUUUUUUCUCAUAUUCUAUCGAAUUCUUUCUGUUUCAUGCUUCUGCUUCUGCUGAAAAGUUCAUAAUCAUCUAAUAAUAUACAAAUGUAUAAUGAUAUAUAUUUAGUGCUCGUUAUAAUCCAUUCUUAUCCCUCUUUUUUUCAUUUUAUUUUUCGUUUCUUUUACAUUUUUUUCAUUUUUUCAGAAUUUUCGUUCUCAUCAAACUGGAGUCGAACACAUAUCGUACAUCGAAUUAUGAAAUCACAUAUACAUCAUCGAUUUCGAGAAAUAAUAAUACAACAUCUUCUGCAACGUCAUCAAAUGCUUCAACAAGUUUCGGAAGUAUGCUGAAUCCAUUAAGAGGAUUGUAUGUUACUUUUUUCUUCAAAAUUUGAAUUACAAAUAAAAUUGGAAAUUAAUUUUCAGCAGCGGAAUGGCAGCAACUUUGGCUCCACUUCGAAAAGUUUCCGAAUCUGAAGAAGAUGAAGAUGAAGAAGAAGAUGAUGAUGAACCAGAUGAAGUCGAACAAUUUGAGAAGAAAAUAUAUUUUCCAAAUGGAAUCAGGUUAGUUUUUGAAAUUGUAUUAUUUGUGUUGCACCUGUCUUCAUUAUUUUUCUCUAUAAGUUCGUUUUUGUUAUUUAGUUUCUUCAUGAGAAUCUAAUAAUUCAUGCGUAGGCCUUCGAAAAAUAAUAAUUUCAAAUUAUUCUAGUUGAGAGCGUUGGGAAUUUUUUGAUUCAAAAAAUCGAAAAAAAUAUUGUGAACUCUUGGAAAUAAGAGAACAACAACACAAUUCUAACAAGACCUAUAAUUUUAGAUUCAUUUUGUAAUGAUCAAUCACAUUUUUUUGAUUCGGAUAUUUUUUCUUUUUUUCACAAAUGAGAAAUUGAAUAAAUUAUAAGUCUCCAACUUUUUUUUUCAAUUCAAAAAUUUGAAUUUCUCUGUCUGAAUUUUGAGAAUUUCAUAGUGAAAAUCAACAGUUUACUGUAGAAAUUUGGUGCUAGAAUAUGUUUUCAAGAAAUUUCAGCCGUGGUUUGUAUCAGUAAAUUAAAAUGUAUACAGUUUUUGAGCAACACUCUAAAACUGUCAUUUUUAAUUUCACUUUCAAUUUAUCAUUUUAUUUUGUCUAUAGAAAAUAUCAAACUUACGAAAUCAGCAACAGAGAACGCUUUUUGUUUAUGCUUUUUUGAAAUUUUCUGAAAAAUAGUUGUUUUUAUCAUUUUAAAAAUGAUAAUAUUCGUGUGAAAACCCUCCAUUUUCCUCUAAUUCUUCUUUUCUUUCAUUUUUCUUCUCCUUUUCACAAAUAUUUUUUCGCAAUGUAAAUAUCGACGUCAACCGAAAAAUCAUUUUUUUUUUCAAUUUUUUUCUUCUGUUCGUUUUCUGUUCGAAAUUGACAAAAAACGCUCUAGUGGUUGCGGGUUAUACUCUUGUUCAUCUCAUCAUAAAUAUACACUCAAAACUUUGCCAAUUUUUCUCUAAACUCUCUUGAAAUAUAAAGUAUUCUCGACUGAAAACAACCGGUUUUUUUUUCGAAUUUUGUGCGCAACAAUUUUUUAUUGUUCAAUCGGUUGUUCUGUUCUAUUUUGAAAUCGAGAAUAAAACUUUUUGGUUUUUUAAAAUUCUUUUGGAAAAAAAUAUUUCAGAAAAAUUUCGAAAUUCUUUAUAACUCUUCCGUGCUGACAUGAGUAACUAAUUCAUCAUGCAGUUCGGAAUUUCUAAAAAAAAAGAAAGUUUUUUCUUCUUACCGAACCCCAAAAUAUUAUGUGUUUGCUCUUAUCUUUUUCGAUUAUCUAUUUUUUUGCUUGCCAGAUAGAAAAAAAGACAAAAAACUCUAAAUUUUUGAGGAUAGCAAAAAAAAACGGAUAUUUUCUUUUAUUCUUUUGUUUUAUCCGAAUUGACCCGACCAAACAAAAAAUGAGAGUAAUUUAGCGAUUGUUUAGAAAUACAACCUUUUAUAAACAUAGAUUUCCGCCCGUUUAGUUUAGUUUAUUUUGUUCCAAAUACUGUGUUAUUAUGUUUCCAAGUACUUUAAAAUCUGCUCCCUUUAUAUUUUUCAAAUUUUUCUUUGUUUUUUGAUUUUUUAAUGGAAAAAAAUUAAACAAUUACAAAAAUGACUGAUUAUUUGCACAAACGAAUUUCAUAAAUUUCUCAUAAAUAUCGAUUUUGUCGUCUGUUUGGUGACAAAAAAUUCUCAUAUAUUAUUUACAUUUCAAAUACAAAUAAUGGCAUUUUUUUGUCGUUUUGUGUAAACUAUUUUUUUUCCUGGAUGCGAUGUUCGAAUAGGUCAAAUCUUUGCCUGCAAAAUUUCAUCACAUUGAUUUAUUUAUUUUUGAAAAAUAAAUCAAUGUGAUGAAGUUAUGGUUUCGUAAUUGCGUAGAUUUUGAAGAAUUGGUUUACUGAUUUAUAAUGUUAAAUGUUUAAUGAAUCGAGAAUAAGUUAUUUUUAUUAAGAAAAAAAGUAAACCGGUUGGAAAUUUUUUUCUAGAAAUUCAAAAAAAAUUGAAACGGCCACGUCACUUUUUUUGAGGGAAUUAGUGUGUGAAUUGGACCUCAAAUCUGAAUUGAUCUUCUUGAUUUUAGGGUGUUUUAGUUGGACCACCAAAUAUAAUCAGAUCGAGCUAAUAUGCCUCAAAUAUAAUAAUUUUGGACCCGUUCUGAAAAAUUCACAUAUUCGUUCAAUUUUCUUUAUGUUGGAGCAUAAAAUGUGUUCCACAUGUUUUUUUUUUGAAAAUCCUCCAAGCACAUUUUAUUUUGCGAAAAAAAUGUCCUUGAAUUUUUUUUGGCUGAUGUUUUCUUUCUUAUAAAGAUUUUUUUCGGUCUUCCCCCCGACCUCUACGAAUUAGUGAAUAACCCAAGGACGUGUACGAAUUUUAAGUAGUUUUUCUCUGUUUUUUCGAGGAAUAAGAACAUAUUUUUUUGUUGUUAUUUAUUUUUUCUUACAAAACUAAUACUCAUUGUUUGAAUGAAAAUCUUAUGUACAAUCGUUUUUUUUUAGUUUUUUUCUGUGUUGAAUAAUGUUUAGAGACGACUGAUAAGAUAAAUUCUACAUUUUUCUAUUGUUAGUUUCUCAUUUUCUUUUUACUUUUUUCUGGAACAAACAAUUUUCGAAAUCUUCUUUUUCCUAUGUUUUUUUUUCUUCGCCGAUAACCAUAAAAAAUGUCUGACUAGCAAAAAAGGAAAAAACAAAGCACAUAAAAAAGACCCAUAAUAUCUGAGAUCUAAAUUUUUUUAAUGGUUGGCAAUUUAUGUGCACUUUUUUGCUGGUAAAAAUAAAGACUAUAAAUUAGUUUUGUUGUCUAUUUAUUUUGAUGGAGACAAGAUAUAUACUUGAGAACAUCGGAAAAUUUGAAGGUCUUUCUAAAUUUUUUGUUGUUGUCUUUUGGUUUGUUGAGAAAUUCUUGGGAACUCAUAAAGUCGCAGAACGGAACCUUUUUGGGGAAAAAAUCUAGAAAGAUAGAUUACAAAUCCAAAAAUUUUGCAAUUUCAAAAAUUCUAGUGAUUUUUUUUUGAGACAAAUAUAGUGUAGAAUUUUCAGAUUUUUGAGUCCACAAAACAUUUUCAAAGCUUUUGUAUUUAUUGUUCAAAAUCCAAACAUUUUCUUUGAAGAUGAGAUGAUUUUUCAAUUCCCAAUUCUCAUCGGGUUGAAAAUAUUUCGUGCGAUCAGAUAAAAACGGGAAGUUUUAUUGUCUUUUUUAACGAACUUUCUUUUUUAUUUCUCCUCCGGGCGGCAGCUUGGCAAAAUUUUAGUGCGGUUUUUUUUUGAAUUUCGAGAUAUUUAAUUCGCUCAUAAUAAUUUUUGAAUACCAUUUCCCCUUGUGUGAGAAAAAACGGAAAAUACCCAAUAGAUAGAUAGAUAUAUGCAUAGUUGGAGCGGAAGUUUUUCAAAAGAAGGCAACGGAAAUUGUGGGUUUUUUCUUUCGUUUUUUUCUUCUUCUCUUUUUUUUCCCAACCAACUUUUUUGUCCCUUUUUUCCUUUUUUUACUACUAUUCUACAUUACUAUGUACAACUUUAACUCUUUCUACUUUUUUGUGCAAAAAAAAACUCAUAAAAACUUCACCUGUUUUUUAUUAUUCAUUUUCAUCUUUCAAAAAUAGAAAAAUUUAUAUUAAUGAGAUUUUCGUUCGUUCGUUCGUCUCACAUAGAAUUUUUAUUUGUUUCCGUAUGUUCCAUAUGGUGGAUUGGUGUAGUCAUAUGGUGAAGGAAAGAAAGAAAAGAGUCGUCAGGGGACUAAAAUACACUUGGAAAAUAAGAAAUAGAAGAUCUUAAACAAAUAUAAUUAUAGUUUAUUGUUGGGUUUUGGAUCGGAUUAAAAUCACUUUUUUGACCUAACAGAGGUUACGGAUUUAUAGAAAUAGGGGAAUUUUGUAUCAAAAAUUAUUUGAAAUUGGUGAAUCAAAAAAAUUGAUUUUCACAAUUUUUUUCACAACCUUAAAUUCAGGUCGAAAUUUUUUCACACUGUCCGUUUCCCCUCAUUUUCAGACGAAAUCAGGGCGAAGUUUCUCUGUAUCAGAUUCCGGAAUUAGUUAUGUCUGUCUUCGAUUUGUUGGAAUUAUUUUCAAAGCAUAGAAUGUUUCUAAAUUCUCACGAAUCCAUCCAAUUUCCAAUUCGGAUUGUCCUAAUUCAAAAUUCAACAUUAUUUUGUUUAUUUAUUUAUUCCAAAAAUUCCUUGUUUUUUUCUUGGUUUCUAUGGAUACGGUACCAUUGUGUUCUUUUUUUGUUGUUACACGAAGUUAACACAAAAUGAAUGAAUAAUUGGAUUAAUUUUCAGUUGAGAAUAAUAAAAUGCAUGGUUGAUAUCUAUGUUUUGAAUUCUAAACAUCUAUCUAUAUUUUUUUUCGUUCUAUCCUUCAAUUUUAUUUAUUCAUUCAUUCAAUCUAUCUAUCUAUUCAUUCUGCUCCAAUUACAUUGGUGUAUGGCGAAAGAGAGCAGAAAAUAAAAAGAAGGGAAAAGAAACGAGAGACACACGCCAAACACCCCACCAAAUGUAUGGCAAAAAAUAGACGCAGACAUAAUCUAUUCUCAAGUGUCAGAGACGGAGACUUUAUUUAUUUCUUCUAAAAACACUCGAUUUUUUCUAUUUUUCUGUAUUUUUAAAAUACUUGAAUUAUUUUCCGAAUCCUUUACUUAAAAACCAAUUUUUUUCCAAAUACCCGAAUCGAAUUUUUGUUUAUUUAUUUAUCGAUUUUUUUCUUUCUCUCAUUUUUUUGCGAAAUUUCUUCUUUUUUGGUUUCGUUCUUUUUUUUCGUGUGUAUGUCGUGUUUGUUACGCUGGAAAUUCAUUGAUUUUCAAUGAACUUUUAUGGAAUCAGAAAAUGUUUAUUGAUUAGAAGAAAAAAGGAAAUUGGUUUUUGGUUUCCUGGAAAAAAUGGUUCGAAAAAAGUUUCAUACAAAAUUGUUGCUACUUUCUCAAUAAAUAAAAUGAAACGAAACAAUAUUGUUUGAGAAAUGAAAAAAAAUCGAAUUGUUUUUUUUUUUUGAAAAUGCAGUUUCCACGUGAAUAAAAAAGUUUGAUAACAGUUUGUUAUAUGAAAAUGCCAAAAUAAUCUAACUUAUUUUUAGAAUACGAAUAUUUCUUAAGAAGUUCCGGAAAAUUUAAAAUCCUUGCAAUUCUAUAAAAACCAAUCUACUUCUGUAUUUAGUAUGAUUCCCAAAAAAUAAUCUUCUUCCAAGUAGUAUUUUUUAUUACACAUAGUAAGUUUCUUUCCGUUUAUUUUAUGAUGACCUAACCUGUCAUAAAUAUAUAUUAUUAAUAUGACUUUCUACAAUCUCGCCACCAGAGAAAAUAUGCUUAAUUGACAUGUUCUUCUUGUUUUUCCGCUCUUGUAUUAUGUUAAGUAUAUACCAGCCCAAAAAUGCACCUGUCCAUGUUUUUCUUUUCUUUUUGCUUGCUCAUACAAAAUAUCUACUUAUUCAUUUUUGCGAGUGCAUUUGGUUAUAUAUUAUUUUUAAUAUGAUACCGGAUUCCCCUAAUCCUUCUUUGAAUAUUCAUUAACUCAGAAGACGAGGAGAACUCGAAAAUAAUCAAUUUUUCGUUCAUUUUAACCAACCAGCUGUCGGGUUCAUCAAACUUGAUGGAUUUUUAAUUCGUUUUUUUUAGAUAGCUCUUCCUUUUUUCUGAAGAACAUUUCUCACGAAUUUUUUCUUUGAUGAUAAAACAAAAGAAAUAAAAAUAAAUAAAUGUGCAUUCUAAAAUAUUUCUUUUUUUCUCUCUUUUUUCUUCCCACCACAAAAACCACCUUCUUUCUGCUAUUUUUGUCGAUCAAAUGAAUAAUGUAUGUAUAUUCUAAUAUUACAUAGCAUUCUUCUUCUAUUCUCCGUUUUUCUUUAAAAAAAUAUUGACGAGCUCUUUUGUUAGAAGCAACAAAAAAAAGAACGAGCAACAACACAACAAAAAAAUGGCGUGUCUUUGUCUCUCGAUUUUAUAUUCUGUUUUUUUCGUCUUCGUUUUUUUUCGCAUGUCCCAAAUAAGCCUCAAUUUUCUCUUUUUUUCCGCGUUUUUUUGUGCAGCGCCUCUGACAUUUCAUCUUUUAUAUAUAUUUUCUUGGAUGAACUUUUUCGUUUUUUAUCUUGCCCGCGGCAGGUUUUAUUAGAAAUUUUCGAGUUUCGAAAGAGUCCACGAUUUUUUGAGUCAUUUUGUAAACAAAUUUUCCAAAAGUUUAGCUGUCAAAACUAAACCACUGUGUUUUUUACCUAGAAAAAACUUGAAAAAAGCUAAUUUGUAAUAAGAUAUUUCUGUAUGAAAUUCAAUCUUUUCCUUGGCCAAACAUGUUACUUACUUCGUUUUUUCUCUGCUUCCACAUAGAUAUUUAUGUUCUAUUUUUUUUGUUCCAUGUUCCAACCUUCUUUUUUUUUGCAGACCGCACAUAAUUCGAAAAUCUCCACUUGUCAGCGGUCUGACAUCUUGUUCUUCAUCAAAUAAUACAAAUUGUUCGACUUCGACAUCAAUUUCAAAAUCGAGGAACGAGCAAAAAAUAGUUGUAGAAUCAAGAGACUUGAAGUCAGUGAAAAAUAGAUUAUCAAAUAUUUCGGAGAACGUGAGUUUUUGUUGUUGUUUUCUUGGGGGACUAGAAAUUGCGGAACUAGAAACCAACUCGGCCACACAUUUUUAAUUUUUAUUUUUUGAAAAAAAAAAGUUUUUUAUUGAGAAAAGAACUCGUUCGAAUUAGGUUAAUUUAUUUGAAAAAUGUUCAUGAAAAAAUAUUCUUUGAAUGUUAUUGUUUGUUGCAUUUUUCUUGUCUUUUGCAUCCAUCUCAUUUUGAGAGCAGCAAAAACCUAAUUAAUUAUAUUUUCUCCCUUUUCUCGAUUAGUUUUCCGCUCGCUCGGCUCUUGAAAAAGCUUCUUUCUCCUUCUUCUUCCUCCUCCCCGUUUUACGCGCAUCUCAUAUGAAUAAAUUAGUAUUCAUAAACAAUUUAUGAAAAUGAAAAUUGUCAAUUUCACAAAAUAUUCUAAUUUUGUAUAAUAUUGUUAUUUGCAGGUAAAUGCUCCUCGUCUAAAUUCGAUGGAGGGCCUUCCCCUCAGUCAAAGUCGACAAUCUGAUGAUUUCGGCACAUUUACAACAGCACUGUUAGAACCGCCCUCAUCUAAUCAUCACGAUGUUAUGUCGAUGGAAAUGCAACAAAUGGGCGGAUAUUUAGAUCCGAAUAGUUUUGGUGGAUCAUCACGUGGAACUGCUGGAAGUUCGUCGAUGGAUUAUGAUGAUUUUGGUAUGGUUUUUUGUUGAAAUUUUGAAAAAAAAUAUUCUGAAAAAGCUUCAGAUCCAUUUUUGUGUUCUUUGAAAUAAGUUCAAUGUUUUUUUCAGGUCAAUCGAGUUCUAUGUAUGAUAUGCAACAUGAUUCAUUUGAUGAAUCUACCAAAUUUUCAUCACAUUCGAAUAAUUCAACGAAUGAUAUGAAAUAUGAGAUUCGAUAUGAACCCCAACCGCAACAGCAACAUCAGCAGCAAAUUCAACAACAACCACAACAUCAUAUUCAAUCAAUAGCCUUGCAAUCACAUCAGCAACCAUCUCAAAUACCACAACAACAUUUACAUCAAACGCAUACAAUUCAACGAACUUUUGUACCAGCUUAUCCUGUCAAAACUGUUGAUCCAUUAUCACAUUAUGGACAAGGAAUGAGAAAUGUUGCACAGUAAGUUUUGUUUUCAAAAAUGAAUUUUUUUUUCCAAUAGUUUAAAAAAAAACUGAAAUAUUUUCCAGUCUUCCACCAAAUGCUGCUAUUCCAAAAAGAAAAUCUGGUGGAGCACGAUCGACGGCGCAUAAAAAACCAGAGCCAGUUGAUCCGCUACGUGUUGAAUUUGAAGUUGCGAGAAAUGUUUCGCAGAUUUUGUCAGCUACAAAACAACAGAAAUUGGCAGCAGAAGCACAGCAAAAGUGAGUUAUUUUUGUGAUAAUUAAAAAAAACAUUGUUUUUCUUCUUAUAGAACUGGGCUGCCUCCUGCACCUCUUCCACAAAUUCGAGCAAAUUUCCCAUGCCCGAAUUGUAAUCGGCAAAUGUCAAAUGCUAGAAAUUUACAAAGGCAUCGACAAACUUGUCCACCAACGUCGCUAAAUCCGUCGAUGCCUCCCCCAAUGACCCCAGUCACACCAACACCUUCUUCGCCAGCACAUACACCAACACAUUUUCAAUUUCAACAAUCAUCAACAUCUGUGAAUUCGGCAACAACUACAACAACCACAAUGUAUACGGUAACAACAUCAAAUAAUUCGAAUCAACAAAGUUCGUCGUCGAAUUUUUAUGACUUCAAAAUCACUGAUGAUAUAACAUAUUCUGAUUGGUCAAGAAGUGAUAGUUAUUCUGGUCCACAUUCUGUAUCAGCUGAUCCUGAAUUUACUGAAGCUUUAGCUUUUACGGAACAAUUGAGAAUGGAUCCAAAUGAGAAAAGAGAAGAAAUUAAUACACUUGAUCCAAAUCCACAAAUGUGAGUUGAAAACAUUAUUUUUAUUUUCAAAAAUAAAUUAUUUUUGUUUUAGGAGUAUGCAAAUGGGAAUUGAUGCCGAACUUGGUAUGCCCCUUUCACUUGAUUGUGAUGAACCAAUUGCUCAUUCUUCAUCAACUUCAAUGUCUUCGAAUUCACAAGGAACACCUCAAAAUUAUCAAUGUGAAUCUUGUAAAAAGGCAGUUUCUUCGAUUCGAAGUUUGAAAAGACAUCAUACAACUUGUAAACAAUAUGUGGCUGAAUAUGGAAUAUCACCUGAAGAGUUAGUUUUUAUUUUCCAUAUUAAUAGAUAUUAUUUUUUGAAUUGAGUUUUAUUAGAUGUUGUGAUGUUCAUGUGUUUUUAUUGUGUAUUUCAGAUCAACAUGCACAACAAAUCCACAAUUAAUCACGAAUAGUACGGGUAAAACUGUUCGAAAGAAUAAAGUGAUGAAACGACCUCUGUUAUUAGAUGAAGAAGAAGUUCAGGAAAAACUACCAAUGGGUGGACGGGUUUUGGUGACAAAAGUGACGGGUACAAUGACACCGAUGAGACAAAUGUUACCGGCUGUAUUACGGAUACAUCAUACAAUGGAACCAACGGGAAAAAGUGCGCUGAUUGAGGCAUUGAAAUCUGAUGGACCUGUGAAACAACAAAUUGUUCCCAAUCCUUAUCAGUCACAAUCGCAACCUCAAACUCCACAACCACAAUUUCAACAGCCAUAUAAUUAUUAUCCGCAACCACAGUCUCAACCCCAACAACAAUAUCAAAUUGUACAUAAUCCGUACCCUCAACAACAACAACAACAACAUUCAAAUCCGAAUCCAAAUCCUAAUCCCCAACCUCAACCAUCAACGUCAGGACUUCCACCAAUAACAGCGUCACCCUGGUUUUCAUCAAUGCCUAAUGCAUCCUCGUCCUCCACUCUUUCUUCCUCAGUUGUUGUCGCUGAAAAUUCUAGUGAUUGUGAUUGUGGUGGUGUAAAGUGUAAAGAGAAUUGUGAUGGGUACAUUUCAUUUUUUUUUCUGAAUUUUUUCCAUAAUUCAUUUAUUGUUUUCAGUCUCCCGAAAAGUGGAUUAGCUGCAAAUACGUGUGAAGAUUGCUCAAGACAAUUGUGUUCGGCUAGCAAUUUGAAACGACAUCGCGCAACUUGUAAAAUGGCGAUUCAGAGGUAUUUUUAAUCUGGAACUUGAACUUUUUUGGAAAAAAUUAUUAUCGAAAAGAUUUGAAAAUUUAGUUCAAAAAAAUUUUUUUUUGAAAAAUCAUUUUUCCGAGCAGACAAAACUUCUUGUAUUUUUUGUCACAAUAUUUUUUCACCAACCUCGUUUUUAAGGUUAUGUGGAUCUUCGUCAUCAACAUCUCAACCAACCACACCUCAAACACCGAGUCAAAUGUCAUUACUUCAAGUGCCUCCACAAUCUGCGCCACCUCAAACAUCGACAACAACAUCUAUAAAACCAGCAGUUGUUCUAACUCCGCAACCAACAACAGCUACAGUAACCUAUACAAAAGUGAACGGUGUUGGUGGAACAACUGCGUGGAGUGCUGAAAAAGCGUUGACAUCGCCAAGAAUCAAAACAUUGGCUCCGCCACAAAUUAUGCAAGUGAAUAAUAUUCCUCCUCCUCCUCCUCAACAGCAGCAGCAACAACAGAUGCAACAACAAGCUCUUCCGCCACCAUCUUCAAAUAUUCAACCAAUUCAACCUCCUCCACAAUCUCUGAUUCCUGCUCCUUCACCUGCUCCAAUUUCUGCUCCACCAUCCAAUAUUCAACCAUCUCAACCACUUCCACCAACAUCUUCUUCUUCAUCUUCAUCCUCGUCUUCUUCAAUGCCACAACCUCCAAUCACACCGAAUUCGAUAAACAAUACGAGUGCGAAUUAUGUGAUAACAAGUGAACCGGCUGCUUCAAAACCAUGGAUUACUGUAGGCGAACAUUUGCGAGCACAACAUGUUCAACAACAAAGAAUGUUGGAAGCUGAAAGAACUACUGCUUAUCAUAUGCAAAUCAAACCGAUUCCGAUGCAUCAUCAACAGUAUCCUCAGCAAAACCAUAAUCAUAAUUAUAACCAACAGCCUCAGCAAAUUCAUCCGAAUCAACAACAUCAACAAAAUCAACAGCAGCAAAUGAUGAAUCAAUCACAUCAAAUUCAAAAUCAACAAAUAUACCACCAACCAAUGCAUUCUCAACCUAAACAACUUCACCAAAAUCUUCCGAUUCAGCAACAUCAGCAACCGAAUCAACCGAAUCAACAGAAUCAACAGCAGAAAUACGGAGUUGUUGAACAUCAACAUAAUGAUAAUGUGCAUAUCUCAUCACAUCCUAUUUUAAAUGAUAGCCGACAAUCUUUCGUCUCUUCGUUUAGCGAUUUAGGAAGUGAUGAUGAAUUUGAUGAUAUUGAUAUGGAUGCAUUUGAAGAGGAUUUGAAUCGAGGAAUUGUUGAAAUGUAUCAGCCGCCACCAAAAGAGCAACCAAUUAAGACAACAAGCGAAGAGUGAGUUUGGGAUAUUUUUAAAUCGAAGUUCGUUCUAAUUUUCCAAAUUUUCAGUUUUACUAUCACUACAAUGCCUAAAACGAAAUAUCCUCAAAUGUUGCCACCUCCAUCUCAACAACCACAAGUUCAAAAUCAGCAACAGAAAACGAAAAAGACAAUUGUUGUGAAAAAAUUGGAUUCGAAGAUUGAGUACGUUUCACGUUUUUCUGGAAUUUUUAUUGUUUUCUGAAAAAAAUUAUGGAAAAUUUAAUUAUUUUUAAAAAAUUAAAUUAUUUUUAAUUUUCAGAAUGACACCUGAUCACACAGUUUCUCCAUUGGAUAGUAUUAUUACAACCGAACCACUUCCUGGAGACGUGAUUUUGCAUGAAAAGAAGUUUGAUCCCGCUCCGAUCAAGAAUUUCGAACCAGUUUCGAUUGAAAUUCAACCUUUGCAAGGCGGCGGACCGUCGAAACCGAAAAAAGUGCAACAGGAAUAUCAGUGUCCGGAAUGUUUGAAAACGUAUUCGUGUCGAAAAAAUGUGAAAAGACAUCGAAUGGCUGUUCAUAAAUUGACACCAGAUGAAAUUGCUCGAAAACCAGCGCAAAUUGCUCCAGCAUCAGCUGCGUCUUCAUCGUCGGCAGCAAGUUCUUCUUCAUCUUCAACACAACCGGUUACUGCUCGAAGGCAUACUGUAGCUGGAACUGCGCCAACGAGUGCUGAAUUGAUGAAUACAUCGCCCAAUUUCCAAUUUAGACUGCAAAAACAGCAGCCACCGAUGCAACAGAAUCAACCACAGCAACAUCAAACUCCAAAAUCACAAACACAGAUGAUUUCACCUCGAUCUGAUUGGAAUUCUUCUGGACCAUCAUCUGCGAGUAAUUGGAGUAGAGCAAGAAGUGGUGAAUAUGUUGAUGAAGAACAAUCAAAAGAAACAGCUCGAAUUGCUGCUGAAUUAAAAAGAUCAGCUGAAGAAGAAAUGGCUGAAAUUGAAGGAAAGAAACCGCGAACUGAAUUAGCAGAAGCUGAUACAACAUUCACGGAAGAUAACGAGAAAACAAGUCUCGCUUCUUUGCCGCCACUUUCAACUUCAUCCAGUUUGGGACUUCCAUCAUUGUCCUCUCCAAAUACUGAUCAAUGUAUCCAACCAUCUUUGCCACCACCGCAACAACAUCAGCAACAAGUUCAAGCUCCAAUUAAUCAUCAUACUCCAAAAAUGACAGCUCCACAAUUGCAAAAACAAACUUCAGUUCAGCAAAUGAUUGUAGCACCGAUGCAGCAACAACAAUCACAGCCUCAGCCUCAGCCGCAACAAAUGCUUCCUCCACAAUCUCAACAACACAAUCAUUAUCCUAUGUAUCAAACAUCAUCAACUGGAAUGGCUGCAUCUUUACCAUCGAUUGGAAGUUGGAAUGAAUACAAUUAUAAUAUGCAACCAUAUCAUCAAGUUGUACCACAACAACCUCAACCACAAUCACAAACUUAUACGGUUCAAGUUGUUUCACAAGUCCAAGUGCAGCAACAAUCGCAGCCACCGGUUCCACAACCAACUCAACAACCAUCUCUUCCACAAACACCAGUUGAAGAAGUUCCCUCAGAAUCAUCGGCUGAAAAACCAACUGUUGUUCCGAAAAAGAAGAAGACACAUACUUGUACUGGAUGUCAUAAGUGAGUUAAAAAUAUUAUUAAUUUUUUCUAAUUUUUGAAAUUGAAACUCAAUUUUUAUAGGAUCUUAUCAUCUGAUUAUUCUCUCCGACGACAUCGUUCAACUUGCCCUGAAGUCAAAAAUGCGCAAGCUAACAAAGCAAUUCAAAUGAGUCAACGAAGUGGAUCGAAAAAGAAAUCAUCUUCAACAACUCCAACACAACCACAAGACAGUGAAGGAGAAUCGCAACAUUCGACAACAUCUUCUUCAUUGAUUCCGCCAAUCACCGAACAACAAAAUCAAACAUCCAAUUGUGAUGUUGAAAUUAAAGAAGAAGAAAAAGUUGAAGAAAAAGUUGAGAAAAAGGAGGAUAUUCCGGAUAGUACAACAAGUCAACGACAUGAUCGAUCAACUUCGCCACUUUCUCGAGAUUGUUUGAAUGGAAAUGGAAUCACAACACAACAAUCAACAACUGUCGAAUCAAAACCAAUUGUUGAAGUGAAACCACAAAUGAUGAAUCCGAAAUUGGAAAAAGAAGAAGAAGAAGACGAAGAACAGGCGAGAAAUUUGUGUCAGGUGUGCAUGCGCAAACUUUGGGUUACUGUAGUUUCAUUAUUUUGAAACUUCGUAACUCAGAAAAAUGCUUUUGUGAAUGUCCUAUUUUUCUUAUUUUUGUUUUAAAUAAAUUUUGAAUUUCAGGAUUGUGGAAAGAUUUAUCCGAAUGAGUGGGAUUUUGAUAAACAUCGAACCGAAGAAUGCUCAGAUUAUCAUCCAUAGUGAGUUUUUUGAGUCAGAUUUUUAUUUAAAAAAAACUUAUUCCAUGUUUUUAAAUUUUUAGAUUAAAUUUAUAUUUCUUAAAGGUGGAGUCUGAGCAAAAAAUGAGUUAUGCUCGUUUGAAACAGCAUGUUCUAAUUAGUCAAAUCCUCGAAGGAUUUUUCUAGAAGCUUCUCAAACAUUAGCUCAAAAAUUUCAAUGUUCGUAAAAACAAUGAAACACCGCGUAAAAUGCCUUGAGAGUCCAGAAGUCCAGUAAGUUGGAGCUGCGUUUCUCUGUGAAUUCCAAUUUUUAUUUAAAACGUUUUAAUGGCUUUUUUAGCCAGAUGGCAAACUUUUGAAUUGAAACUGAUUCAAAUAAAUCCAUUUUUAAUUCAGACUCCACCUUUAAAAAAUUCAAGGGAAUUUAAUUUUGGACAAUUUUUGUUGACAUCAUUCGAUCAAUUAAUUUUUUUCCAGCGAACCAACUCAUGAAAUGGAUGAACUUUUCAUUGUUUUCAAUGGAAAUCCAAACAAAAUCCGAAUCUCGAAAAAUCUUUUGACCAACUCUUCUCCAUAUUUUGCACAACAUCUUCAAAAUUACGAGACUUCAAUGGGAAAUUUUCGAGUUUCUGAUUGCGAAUGGCCACAAUUUCGGGUUUUAUUAGAUGUUUUGACAAAUAAAUGUAGUAUAAAUGGUAAGCAAUUGAUUUUCAGAUGAAAAAAACCAACAAUAAUUAAUUUUUUGCAGAAGAUACUAUAGAUUUUAUAGUUGAGUUAGCUAUAAAAUAUCAAUUCAAUGGAUUGAUCGAGUCGAUUCAACAAUUUAUAUCUGAUGUGGUAUGUUUUAGAGAUUUUUGAAUGAAAAAUAAAAAAUGUGGUAUUUCAGCUUCCAAAAUCGUCAAUAAUGCAUGCAAUUUUAUUGGCGGAAAAACAUCGAUUUUCGAGCAUCAAACAACAUUUGUUCAACUCGAUGUCAAUUGAUGUUUUCAGGUUAGUAAAUAUUUAUUCACAAAUCUUAAUUCUGAAAAUAUUAUCAUUUAUGUAUUACAGAACUCUGACAGCUGAUCAACAUUAUAAAAUAAUGGACGCCGAUCUAAAAGCUGAAUUGAUUGAAAAAUGGGGAACAUUUCUCUAA